AUAUUGAUCUUCAAAUAUUAUAGGUUAGUGACUCUAAUGUUGUUUUAUUCUGGUGUUCGAUACAUUGUUGUAAAAAUGUUUCAAUAUAAAAUUUAUAAAUGGUUACAAAUCAACUAACAAAGUAUGAUAUUAAGUAAAUGUACUGUGGUUUUAAUAAAUUAAUAUUUAUACGUAUACGUAUACGUAUACGUAUUGAUCUGUAAAUCAGUGUGUAGUAAUAAACAAAUGGCAGAAGAAGGAAAAAAGGUUUCUUUCGGUUUCGCAAAAUCUAUUAAGAAAUCUGUGUUAAAAAAUGUUAUUCCGCAAGAGGAAAAGAAAAUUGAUUAUAUUGAAUGCCUCGACGAAAAAGGUAUUAAAUUAAUAGGCGGAGAGGAAAAGAAAGAUGAACCUCUAGUUAUUCCAUUGCUAGGUUCAAGAACUUGGCAUGACAGAAUUGUUAAUAAAGUAGAUGCAGACAUUUUUGUAUCUAAGACAACUAAAGAGAAGACAGACGACAUCGAGGUAGAUGACGAGGGAGAAAAAUCAAAACUAUCAAAUGGAAAAUCACCGCCGAAAACAUCAAUAAAGAAAGAAGUGGUUGAGAAUAAUGAAAAUAAAGUUGUUACUUUAGAGGAGCAAGCGGCUAAAGAAAUCAUUCAGGAACUCAAAUCGAAAGAUGAACAGGAAACUAAAACAAAUGAUUUGUCUUUACCUUUGGUAGAAGAUGAAUCAUUAAAAGGCAAAGAGCAGUCUACAUUGGAAGAUUAUGAAAGAAUUCCUAUUGAUGCUUUUGGUGUAGCAAUGUUGCGAGGAAUGGGAUGGCAACCAGGGAAAGGAAUUGGUAAAAAUGAAAAAGUUGUAUCAGCUGUUAUACCAGAAUUACGACCAAAGGGAAUGGGUCUUGGAGCAGACAAAGUAACACUACAAAAGAAAAGUGCAGAUUCCAAGAAACAAGAAGAAGAACUUAAAAUCGAAAAAGGAACAUACGUGAAAAUUAUAGCUGGGAAACAGAGCAACAACUAUGGUCAAAUAGAGGGAUUUGAUGACGAUGCAGGGAGACUCAUAAUAAAACUAGCUCUCGGUGGAAAUACAAUAUCUGUAAAUGAAUUUAUGGUGCAGCCAGUGACUAAAUCGGAGUAUUCGAAGAAUUCAAAAGUUUUAAAUGCGAGGAAGUAUGAAGAAUAUAAGGACAAAGAAUCAAAGGAAUUCAAACAUAAAACAGACAGAAAAGAGUCAAUAUCUGAUGAUUCUGAAGACAUUGAAGAUGAUAACAAAAGUAAUGAUGAAAAAAAGAACAGUAAUGUAUGUGAUAAGGACAAAUAUGAUAAAACAGAUAGAAAGUCAAAAAAGCAAAAAAAAUAUCCUGAAUCUGAAGGUGACAGUGAUAAUGGUCGUGAGAAGAAGAAGAGAAAGCGAAGAAGUAGCUCUAACAGUGAUGACUCUCAUAAAACAAAGAAAUCAAAAAAGUCAAAGAAACAUAAGAAACAUGAUUAUUCACCAGAAAGAUUGAGCAAGAAACACAAGAAAAAGGAUAAAGAAAAAGAAAAAAUUAGAGAUAAAAAGUCGAGAGAUUGUACAGAUAGAAGAAAACAUAAGAAACGAGGAAGGUCAAGAUCCCGAUCUUCUAGUAGGCUGUAAUAUUUUUCAGGAAUGUGUCUGGACAUUUUACUUUCAUUGGAAAUUGUACAAUUUUGUUUAUACACAUUUUAUAAUAAAACGUAUUUUUACAAAAUCAUGGUUCCCUUCUUGUCUUUGCUUGAUAAUUCUAACACAUAUUUAAUAUCUUAAUUAUUAUAAAGUCUUGCUUAAUCUUUCUUACGUAAUAUUGAUAAAAAGUAGAAAUGUACAUAACCUCGAAAAACAUUAUGGUAUUUACGAACAUUGCCAAACUAGUAGUGCGAACAAUGUCGACAUUUCGCUUAGGAUUAAUACAGCUCGAAGUGAAUGAAGUGAAAGUUAACAAUAUAGAGCGAGCAGUUUCCUAUAUUUCAAGCGC